CUCUACUUCCGUAUCUCGUGAUAACACGCCGCGGUGCAAACAACACAACUCGUGUUUAGGUAAAUGCGCGAUUUAAAGUUGCACGGACAUUAAUUUGUGCUUGAGACGGGACGGGGAGCAAGGUCGAGGUGAGGAACCACCAUGUCUCUGCUCAGUGCCGGAAGCAUCCUGCUGCUGCUGCUGUUUGGAGAAUCACUCGGUGCGCCUCGUUCGUUCAGCAUCGACUACAAGAACGACUGCUUUCGGAAAGAUGGGGAAGAGUUUCGUUUUAUCUCAGGGGGCAUCCAUUACUUCAGGAUUCCCAGGGUCUACUGGAAAGACCGGCUGCUCAAGAUGCACAUGGCAGGAUUGAAUGCCAUCCAGACGUACAUUCCCUGGAGCUUCCACGAGGAGAUUCCAGGUCAGUUCAGUUUCAGCGGAGACAGGGACUUGGGACAUUUCCUCCAGGUGGCCCAAGACAUUGGUUUACUGGUCAUCCUCCGGCCAGGACCAUACAUAUGUGCAGAGUGGGACAUGGGUGGGAUGCCUGCCUGGCUGCUCAAGAAGAAAGAUAUCAAGCUGCGAACGUCGGAUCCAGAUUACAUCGCAGCAGUGGACAGGUGGAUGGGGAAGUUACUGUCAACUGUGAAACCGUUUCUGUAUCAGAACGGUGGUCCCAUCAUCAGCGUACAGGUGGAGAAUGAGUAUGGCAGUUACUACGCUUGUGAUCACGACUACAUUCGUCACCUGACCAAGCUGUUCAGGUCCUACCUGGGCAACGAGGUGGUGCUCUUCACCACAGAUGGGCCUGGGAUCAGCUAUAUUAAAUGUGGCUCAAUACAAGACGUCUAUGCCACUGUUGACUUUGGGCCUGGUACAAAUGUAACUGCUGCCUUUCAGGCACAGAGACUCGCUGAACCUCAUGGACCUUUGGUGAACUCUGAAUUUUACACCGGCUGGCUGGACCACUGGGGGUCGCCUCACUCCGUCAUCUCGUCUACCCGAGUGGCCAAGUCCCUGAACGAGGUCCUGGCCACGGGAGCAAACGUCAACAUGUACAUGUUCAUAGGUGGAACAACCUUCGGAUACUGGAAUGGUGCCAACAUCCCGUACGCGCCCCAGCCCACGAGCUAUGACUUCAAUGCCCCGCUCACAGAAGCCGGAGACCUCACAGAGAAGUACUUUGCAAUCCGAGAGGUGAUCAAAAUGUACCGUAAGAUACCAGAGGGACCAAUACCACCAACUACUCCAAAGUAUGCAUAUGGCGCUGUCAGCAUGAAAAAGCUCCAGACGAUAUCAGAUUCCUUAAAAUAUCUGGCUUUCUCCGGCCCGGUCAAAAGCAUGUAUCCUCUGACUUUCCUUGACCUGAACCAGGCUUUGGGUUUUGUGCUGUACAGGACGACUCUACCUGCCAACUGCAGCACACCGACUCCUCUCUCCUCCCCACUGAACGGAGUCCAUGAUAGAGCGUAUGUGUCCAUAGAUGGGGUGGCUGUGGGGAUUCUCGAAAGGGACAGAGUCAUAACCAUAAAUGUGACCGGGAAUGCUGGUAGUCAGGUGGACAUUCUGGUGGAGAACAUGGGACGAGUCAACUAUGGACAUCAAGACUUUAAAGACUUCAAGGGUUUAGUUACCAACCUGACUCUGGGGAAUAACACGCUCGCAGGCUGGACCAUGUACAGUCUCAGUAUAGAUAAAGCUAUCAACGAGGGCGUCAUCAAGGAAAAAGAGGCCACAGCAACAGACCCUCCUCGGCCCGCCGCUCUCUCCCUCCCGACAUUUUACGGCGGCAGCUUCGUCAUCCCUGACGGCAUCCCGGACCUCCCUCAGGACACCUACAUCAAACUGCCCAAAUGGAGAAAGGGACAGAUCUGGAUUAAUGGCUUCAAUUUGGGACGUUACUGGCCCGUUCGAGGCCCCCAGGUGACGCUUUUCGUUCCGGCCAACCUCCUCACCACUACUGCGCCCAACAAUGUGACCAUCCUGGAGCUGGAGCGGGCUCCGUGCAGCCCAGGGCCAUGCACUGUGGAGUUUACAAACACCCCCAUCCUGAAUGCAACAGCUGCCUCUCACUACAAGCGGCACUUGGAACUGUUUUCCAGAGAGGAUUCGUUGGGCUGAUGAAGGAACUCGGUCCUGCAUGAAAUUAAUCAAUUUGCACUUCUAACUGAUGUACAGUCCGAAAUCAGGACAUGUCAAGUGAGUUUGAUGUAAAUGGGAUAUGGGAUUUGUCAUCAAUUAUCUCUAUGAAAUGUACUGUAUUUUACCAACGCACAGCAACCUCUGUUCCAGAGAAUGUUUUUAUUUUUUUUAUGUGAAAAAUCAAAUCAGGGAAAUACUCGUACAACAUAAAUACAUUGUUGGACUACUGAUA